AGUCUAUACAGGUGUAUCGAAUACCGUGAUAAGGCUAUAAAUAAUCAAAACCAAUAUGUCGGCCUCUACAAGAAAUGUAGCAUCAAGCCAGGCGAACAGUACAUCAUUAGACCAAUAUGUCUGCAACACGGGGUCGCCCUACCAAUCACCAGACAAUAUGGCUUCUUAUGUAUUUAUGGGACCGUCAUACUAUAUUCCCGGUGAACGCAAAUGGGUUUCCGUAAACGAUUACAAGUCACUACCGCUACAAGUACGACGAGACGCCAUUUUGUUUGAAUCUGAGGUCGAAUGGAGAAAAUACAACCAGAGGAACACAUAUACUCCAGGGUUUUCUACAAUUGGUGCCAAAUAUCCAUCAACUUUUACGUCCCUUUCUUUACCACAGCACUAUCAGGCAUGGAAUCGUAGAUGGAAUGGUUCGGGAUAUUUCGUACCAACCGAACACGCGUGGAUACGAGAGCAAGUCGGACCAAACAUCCCUACAGACUCUCUCUUAUUUUAUAAUGAAGAAGAUUGGUUGAAAUUUAAAUAUAUGAAUGAAAACCCUUCCAUGCUUACCUCUACUGAUAAAAAAAUCAUUAUAUAAAAUUGUGCUAGAAUAAAAAUGUAUGCUGUUACGUUUCACUUUCGUUUUACAAUAUAGGUCUUACCAAAUAAACUAUAUUAGCAAU